AUGUUUACAAAAAUAGUGAGAGGCUCCGGUACUAUUGCGAGGGCUACUCGUCGGCUCUCCACAACUGUGCCAGUUCGUUCUAACGCACGUUCUUUAGCCACAGCUGUUCCACCACCUCCUGAAGUGGCAAUAGCCCCUGAAGGCUCCCUGAUAUCUUUAAAGCUGGCCACAAGAGAUGACACUCAGUUUGGUACCAGACCUAUUUAUUUGGACGUACAGGCUACUACACCAACGGACCCUCGUGUCUUGGAUAAGAUGUUGCAGUUCUACACUGGCUUGUACGGAAACCCACAUUCAUCGACCCAUGCUUACGGUUGGGAAACAGAAAACGAAGUUGAGAAGGCUCGUGGUUACAUUGCUGAUUUGAUUAAUGCUGACCCUAAGGAGAUUAUUUUUACUUCUGGUGCAACAGAAUCGAACAACAUGUGCAUCAAGGGUGUGCCCAGAUUCUACAAGAAGACCAAGAAGCAUAUCAUCACCACACAGACCGAACACAAGUGUGUUUUGGAUUCUGCUAGACAUAUGCAAGAUGAGGGUUUCGAAGUCACUUACUUGCCAGUCACCAAUGAGGGUUUGAUCAACUUGGAUGACUUGAAGAAGGCUAUUAGAAAAGACACUGCUAUCGUUUCCAUCAUGGCUGUGAAUAAUGAGAUCGGUGUCAUUCAACCUCUCAAGGAGAUUGGUAAGAUCUGCAGAGAAAACAAGAUUUUCUUCCACACUGAUGCCGCCCAGGCUUACGGUAAGAUCCCUAUUGACGUUAAUGAGAUGAACAUCGACAUGUUGUCCAUCUCUUCGCACAAGAUCUACGGUCCAAAGGGUAUUGGUGCUUGUUACGUGAGAAGACGCCCCAGAGUCAGAUUGGAUCCUAUCAUCACUGGUGGUGGUCAGGAGAGAGGUUUGAGAUCUGGUACAUUGGCUCCACCUUUGGUGUGUGGUUUCGGCGAAGCCGCUAGACUCAUGAAGAAAGACAUGGUCUACGAUCAGGAUUACAUCAAGAGACUCUCCACCAAAUUGAGAGACGGCUUGUUGUCUAUUCCAGAAACCCAGUUCAACGGUGUUUUGUCUGAUCCUUCCAAACAGUACGCUGGUUGUGUCAACGUUUCUUUCGCCUACAUCGAAGGUGAGUCUUUGCUUAUGGCUUUGAAGGACAUUGCGCUUUCCUCUGGUUCCGCAUGUACAUCCGCAUCUUUGGAACCAUCUUAUGUGUUGCACGCCUUGGGCGCUGAUGAUGCAUUGGCCCACUCUUCCAUCAGAUUCGGUAUUGGCCGCUUCACCACGGAAGCCGAGAUCGACUAUGUUGUCCGUGCCAUUAACGAGAGAGUGGAGUUCUUGAGAAAGAUGUCCCCAUUAUGGGAGAUGGUGCAAGAUGGAAUUGACUUGAACACCAUCGAAUGGAGCGGCCACUAA